AUGCCUGCAGUGAGACCACUUUCGCUGUACGCUCAGCCCGUCACAUACAGCGGUGGGAAUUCUACGACGGUGCUGCUGAACAGACGACCGGUGCUCUUUUGGAACAGGCAGGUGCUCUUCAACUCUCUCGCCGAGCUGAAUAGCGUGAACCUUCGGUUUCGACACGUCACGGAGCUCACGGACAAGAGCUUUGGGAAUUGGCUCUCCCACCGUGCUGGAGUUUACUACCCCUAUGACUGGCUGCAGACGAUGGCUUUCUACGAUUGGGUCAACAUGGGCUUGCCAACUUUCGUUCCAGACACUCCAAUGUACACCUUCACCAUCCUCGGGACAAACGACAGGAAUUGGAUCGAAACUAUCUUCGAUCCCCCGAAGCAUUUGUACCCAUACGAGUACCGAGACUGGGAGGACCUCGAGAAUCGUGUGUACUGGUGGCACAUGACCGACUUUAAGGCCCUUCCUUCGGUACGGAGCUUCACCUCAGCUGCGCAGUUAUUUACCCUCCUCCUGCAGGAAUCGAUGGUCGAGAUCAGUGCAGAGAUGCGCCAGGAACACCUGCGCCGGACCCACAGCACAGCUGUUUUCUGGCAGCAAGCCCUUCUGACUGCUCUCCGGCGCGAUGUAAAAGGGCUGCCUGUGCUCUCAGCCGGGCUGACAACAUUGAAAUGCCAGCAGCGCCAAGAGGCAUUACUGGACCACAAGAGUAGCGAUAAGACAGGUCCGGGUGCCCAAAGUGGUAAGUGGUUGCUAACGAGCACUCCGGUGGCGCAUCGCAUCGUCGGCGGAAUGGGGAAGCUGGCUGCGCCGUACACGGCUGGCCAGCCCAUCGUGUUGUGGCCAUGCUUCAGCACGCUCGGCAGCUCAACGGUCUUGCGUGGUCUUGAGCCUUCUAUGUGGCGCUGGGUGGCCUACGAGGACCUUUGUGAAGCUUGGGUGGCUAGCGAUUUCGAGGCGGCUGAUGAGAUCGCCGAUUUCCUCGGGCUUCCCCCGGCUUCUCUCAGCCGCGCCUUUCGCUACUUCAAGCCGAGCCGGAAGGACGCGGCCGCAGAGAUGUCACCGGAGAACCUCCGAACCUUGCGGAACCUCGAUAGCAGAAAAGGCAGCAGCUGGUUCCCAGCUCUCUUUCCCCAGCAGCGGCUGCUGGAGCAGUUCGCCAACGCGCGGAGGGCGCCAAGUCGUCUGCCACCGCCGAAGGAUCCUGACAAUGAGGACGAGCAGGCAUGUCCUCCUGUCCGCAGGGAUUCGUCGCGGGACAUUCCGGACAAACUGGGAAAACUGGCUUCGCAACUUUCUGGUUUCCUUUUCGCUACGGGUGAGGAUCCAGUGAGAGUGGCUAAGGCCAUCAAUGCAGAGUUGAGCUUUGCUGGGGUCCAGGGGCAGCACAUGGUGUUGCCUAUGGACACCGAGAACACGUUGCAAGCUCUGUGGAAUCGAGCGGGGAAGGAUCGAACGUUUCCUGCAUUAUCUCUGCAUAUUGAUUCUGUAGCUCAGGGGAGACCUCGAUGGUACUGUGCGCUGGGCUUCAUGUAG